CGAGUAGUCAGUCAAGUUUUGUAUCUGAAACGUUACACAGCUCGAUUGAAAAGGUCUUUGGCUGAAUUCUUGAUCGCAAAUGGACUAUUAAUAAUUCAAUAUUAAUAAAGAAAAACAAACGAAUAAAAGUUAGAGAAUAUUUCAUAAUAUUAAGUAAAUUGUGUUAUUUGGUCGUUAAUAAUUUUGCAUUUUAAUCACUGUCUGCAUUCAUUGACUCAAUAAAUAUAUUCGGUGCGUGGGUUAGCGUAACGAUAAAAAUAAAAAUAUUCAAUUGCAAGUGAGAAUUCAAGAAUUUAUUUGUUAUUUCAAUCAAAGUUUAACUGAAACGUCAUCGUAGUCUGUGCAAAAGUGAGAUUUGUUUAUUGUUCUACACUUGAGACAAAACCUCCAGUGGAUUACCGAUAUAAAUACAACCGAUUGCACACGAUUUGUUUGGAACAAUCUUGUCGAAGAAAAAUCAAUGAUAUUUUAAGACUCGCAGCGAACGAAAAUAAUUUUCGGAAGAGAUUGCCGUUAAAGGAUUCAACAGAUCGGAGAGAGUAAAUUUGAUGUUAAGCUGCCGAUUCUAAAAUGUAACACUAGUUUAUGGACAGAAAUCAUUGAAAGCAAAUGAUAAAAUGGCUGCUACUGACGGUCAGAUAACGUUAGCUGCCUCUAGAUUCGGUGAUACCAUCCCGGUUUAUUUAAGAGAUUUUGCAAAAACUGACUUACCAGCUGUUGCAAAAAUCGUCAAAGGGCAACAUCAAAACUUGGGUGUGCCAACUCUAUCAAAUCCCUCCCUACAAAGCACAGCAUUGUUUUUAAAUGCCGGGAAAAAGUACCAGAUUCUAGCUCAACCAAUUAAGAUUAAAGAAGGACGAAAGCCAUCUAAUGUCGGACCAAAAGUUCUUAUACCCGAAACCUAUCCUGGCUACUUUGAACUGCUUAGCGAAGAUGGCAGAUCAACGCGUUGCAUCGAUAAUGUGUUGGAUCUGUCGCGGAAACCAAAUUUACGUGUUCUAGUUCGUGAAACAUUUCGUUGCAACCAUCUGAUGAAAACUAUUCAUGCUGGUGAAAUUCUGACAACAAUGUACGACAAUGGGAAAUAUUUGAAAUGUAAAACAUUGAAAGAUGAAAUCAUCAAUUUGCCCCUUGAAGCCAAAGCGAAAUUUUCACCAAUUGCUAAGGAAGACAGUAUUAGUGGUGUUCAUUCGGUGAAAAAUUUAUUGAAGAAACGUUUGCCAGUAAUUGUAAGGUUAGUCCAUGGAACAGCUCCAAAAGGAUUAAAACAACCAUUUGUGCCAGAACUACGACUUCUCGGUUGCGUAGAAGUUGAUAGAGUAUUUGCCCUGCCACUGCAAAAAGACACCGAUCUUGUAGCGGUCCCUUUGAAUGCUAAAAUAAAACUUCAGCGAGCUAAGAACAUGGAUCAACUCGAAACGUUCAUGGAAUAUUCGAGAUUUUUAGAGAAAGCUCAACGGUUAUUGUCGGACGCGCGGGAUAGACUACAGAUUGUUGACGUAAAGCUCACUGAUAAAGAGAAGAAAGAGGCUAAAUCGAAUAGCCGACAUGUACCAACAAUCAUCUCAGGUCUAGAAAGUAGUUAUGUUCUAAGAAAAAGCAUGAGCUGUGAUUCAACCCGAAGCAUUCAUCAUUCAAACAAGACACCGAUAGCCGAUGACUACGAUGAUAUCGAUCAAAUCUAUGAUUAUGUUAGAGGAUUUGCGCCUCUUCCAAAAAAUCUGAACCGUUUCGAACCAAUCAUCGAACCACCUCAUUCGAACAAAUCUACUGACAAUACUAAAUCCCAGCCAGAUAGUGGCAACUAUAGCCUGAUCAAAACUAACAAUAACAGCAUCGAAUCCGUUAACAAAAAGAACCAUUAUCAGCAUUACAAUGGCCACAACAAUAACAACAACAACGACGAUGAUAAGCCGAUCCCACCUCCAAUUGAAACGAUUCCAGGAAAAAAGUUACCGGAAAAACGACAACGGCCAACGUUGCCCAAGUUGUACGUAAAAAAUAACAGCCAUCAGAAGCAGCUAAACGGAAAUUCACCCGGACUCAUAAUUAACAACAGUAAGGAAGCACUUGAGCCCCAAAGUCCAUUGUUUCACAUCAGGUACAAAAGUCUUAGCAGUCUCCAACUGACACCAGAGUCCGCUUCAACCACUCCCAUUUCCAUUCCGUCAAAAUGUCAGGAGAAAAGCCAUCAAUUGACCAAAAGUGCUAGUACCCAAUGUGCUCGUGAAGGAACGCUAGAUUCGUCACGAAGUGGAGGACGCACUUCUGGUGAUUCAAAGUUGCCAGAGAAGAAAACGCGCCGAUUGUCACGACCGAGAAGUUUGUCGAAUUUGGUGUGGGAAUUACGGCCACAAAAAGAGAAGUCGAAGAAAAAGCUUUACGUACACCAUUACGAUCAUCAUCAGCAGGGGACUCUCUAUUUGUAGAAAUUUUUGAUGUUUUGAUGGCAAAUGUACUGAUUGUGCGUAAAAAAAGAAAGAAAGAAAUCUGUCAUUGUGGGACAGUAAUUAAAUAUGUUUGUUAAGUCGAGAGAAAUGUAUUCCAGAAUCAGAGGUAGCUUACAAAGUUUCAGGAAGAUGCAAUUAAAUUGUUUAGUCAAUACAGUGUUACGUCUUUUACGAACGGUUGCAUUCACUUGUUAUCAAUAAUGACGACAAAAGGUUACGAGUUAUAACGUCCUCACUCGUCGAAAUAAAAAUUUGGACCCACGGACGUAAUAUUCUCUUACAUGAACCAGUCCAUACUUUAAACAACAGGAACAACCGAUUUGACGAUGUUAUGGGGAAAUGCCUACCGUUUGUAAGAGGUUAAUUAGAUGAAAAUAGCCAUAUCUAAAGCGUAAGCUACUUCCACCCGUUUGCACUUAGAAAUUAAAAUUACAUUUUCACGACAUCACACACAAAAGCAACAAUUUUUGUCCUCUUUCUGUCCUGCUGUAUACUGUGAAUAGCAUUAAAUAAAAUAUCAACAUAUCUCUAUCCACAUAGAACGUAAGUUAUAAAUCGUCAAACGUGUAAGGAUGAAAAAUUAUUUAAGUUUUGUAGUCUUUUUAUGUGAUUUCUUAUUAUAACUAGAAUUUAAUUAAUUUUUUGUUUAAAUUUAAAUCGUCGUGCGUUUAAAAUGUCGAUUGUGUUUUUUAUUAUUUAGAAUUAUCUUAUAUAUCCCGAAAGCCAGAUCAAAGCAAAGAAAUGAAAAUAAAUAAUUUUCUUAAUUUUAAUUCAACGUUUUUUUUGUACAUUUUAUAAACUUAUGACAAAAAUUAAAAAUCAAAACAUUUUUCGCCAUUCGUCUUGGAUAAACGGCUGUGGUACAGCAUUAGUAUUUCAAUGUAAGAAUCAAUUUUUGCGUAGACAGACACACAACAAUUUAAAUUUAUUAAAACUUUUAUCCAUUCACUUAUUGAAAUCCAUUUUAGUGUCACAUAAUUACAUUAAAAUAGACCUUUAUCCGUAGCACAGCACAGCUAAAAUUUACAUAAUUUAUGUCCAGAAAUUUCAAAAGAAAAUGAAAACAAAAAAAAAUAUUUUACAAAAUAUCAAAAGUGAAAAGUACAAGUUCGUUUGCUCCACUAGAUGUUCUAGUCGAUUGAAAUGUUAUUGUUUUGAAAGUAAUCCUGUGAUUGAGCACACCUGUGUAUAUUGCGAUACAAAGUUUCGUUCUAUUUUGUUCGGAUAUAUACACCGAGAUGUGUCUCAGUCAAGUGACCGAGCAAAUGCAAUUUUUACUUUUCGUUUCAUAAUCAGCCAGAAAUAUGGCUUUUAAUUACUUUUCUGAUUGUAUAUUUGCAUUAAAUGUCCAAAAUAGUUUUUAAAUGAAAAAUAAAAUUCAAACAAAAUCCAA